CAAAGAAUCCUCGGCACACUGCACCUAUCGUGUAGACUCUAAGCGUCUAGAAGUCUCCCACGGCCUCAGUGAAAUUCCGCCACAUAUCACCAUCGACUUCACGACGCUAGCAACUACACAACGUCAAGACCGUCAACAUGGAGGUUCUACUAGGAAUCACGGGUAAAGACUUCACCCUCAUCGCCUCGUCGAAAGCCGCCAUGCGAGGCGCCACCAUCCUCAAAGCCGAAGACGACAAGACCCGCGCUCUGAACACACACACCCUCAUGACCUUUUCUGGUGAAGCUGGUGACACUGUGCAAUUCGCGGAGUUCAUCCAGGCCAACAUCCAGCUGUACUCGAUGCGCAAUGGCAUGGAGCUGUCACCCGCCGCCACCGCCAACUUUGUCCGAGGAGAGCUAGCAACUGCCCUGCGAUCACGGAGACCGUACACGGUGAACCUGUUGCUGGGAGGUUAUGACAGCAUUGCGGACAAGCCUACGCUGUACUGGAUCGAUUACUUGGCGAGUUUGGCGCCGGUACCAUAUGCCGCCCACGGGUAUGCACAGUACUACUGCCUCUCGCUGCUAGACAAGCACCACCACCCCGACAUCGACUACGAGCAAGGUAUCAAGAUCAUGCGCAUGUGUACGGAGGAGCUCAAGCGCCGUCUCCCGAUCGACUUCAAGGGCGUCUUCGUCAAGGUGAUCACAAAGGAUGGCAUCAAGGAUGUCGAAUACGAGGACGAUGGCAAGAUUUCCGUACCGUGAGCUGACACUAAGUCGGAGGAAGCAUGCUAGGCUUGUAGUAGCCUGGGCGAUACUUGUGCCAUACCUUUAGCAAGCAGGCAGGGCACAUAGAUAUCUAUGUCAAGUGCAGUAUGGGUUCACGAGGUUAUGCCUUAAUGAUAACAUGGGAAUCAAAGACCUUUCCCAAGCAGCCUGCAAUCGCUGCAACAAAAAAUGAGCCCAAUCAAAGUAAAAUUCAGUGGUUAAAA